GAAUGAAAGCUCGUGCUCCUGCUCCACCAAAUCAAGCUUCUGCAGCAAGUAGGAUUCACAGUGAGCACAAGUCACCUGCAGAGACAGCUGUGAUUUCUGAUCAGAACCUUGUGAACAUGAAGGAGAACAUGAUAAACAGAUCGGUGGACUUCACAGUCAUUUUGCCCAGCGGGGUGGAGCGGAAGAGCACAGUACAAGGAAGUAAAGCUGUAAUGGAUCUGUUGGUCGAUUUAUGCAGCCAGUAUCGCUUAAAUCCAUCCCAGCAUAGUCUUGAACUGAAGACUUUGGGAGCUCAACAACCUCUGAGUUACAAGCCAAACACUUUGAUAGGAGCACUGGACAUACAGACGGUACUUCUGAAAGAGAAGGUUCCCGAAGAGAAGACAAAGCGACCUCUGCCAAGGGUCCCUGAGAAGUCUGUGAGGCUGGUAGUGAACUACCUGAAGACGCAGAAGGCCGUGGUUCGGGUUAGUCCGGAGGUCCCUCUCCACAGCAUCAUCCCAGCUAUCUGUGAGAAGUGUGAAGUCAGUCAAGAGCACGUUGUCCUUCUGCGGGAUGGCAUCACUGGGGAGGAGCUGGAGCUUACCAAGUCCUUGGAGGAGCUGGGGAUAAAGGAGCUGUACGCCUGGGACAGAAAAAGAGUUCCUCCAUCAAAAACUCAGUCUGAACCUUCUCUGAACUAUAGAGAACCAAGUCGAAAGGCUUCAGUAAGCAAUGAUGCAAUAGAAAAAGAAAAAACAAGACUUCUGGGAUUGUUUAAAGCUGAUAGAAGAAGCAGCAAGACAGAAGAAAACUUGGGGAUGAACAGAGAUUGUGGUGAGGAGGAUGUUUUUAGUUCUGCAUCUACAAGUGAAGGAAGCUUGGAUGGUUUUUCCACAGCACCAAAUUCCCCUUCGGUGAAUUCUCGUUCCGGUAGCCUGGGUCCCUCACUAUCCCUUGGAAACAUCUCAGGAAUGACAGCAAACCCAGAAGUGAAAAAGCGCAGAGCACCUCCUCCACCAGUUUCGACACCUGCGUUGCAGCACAUGGAGAUGAGCGGACAAGAAAAGCCAGCACCACGG